UACAUCAACAUAUAGAGGCCCUUCGUCUACCUCUGUUAGGAAAAUUCAUCAUUAAUGGCCUCCUCUUCUGCCGUCACCGCCGCCACCAUAGAAGUGGAGGUGUCCGGCGAACGGCGCAAACAUGUCCAAGAAAUGUCCGAAGACGGCGACGAGGUUCCCCAAGGAUAUGUGUGGAAAGACAAAAGUAGACAUGGACCCAUAGAACUUGUUGUCCCUUUGGCUGAGGAUUUCCCCGUCAUUGAUCUCAGUCGCCUCUUGUCACCGUCGACUGCCAUUGAUGCCGCCGCGGAGCUCGCCAGCCUCCGCUCCGCUCUUCGCUCGUGGGGCUGUUUCAAGGCAAUCAACCAUGGGAUCGACAUUUCUUUACUAGAAAAUCUACGCCAAUUUAGUCGAGAAUUUUUUCACCUACCAAUGGCCGAGAAGCAAAAAUAUGCCCGAGGAGCUGCUGGCAAUGAUGGAUAUGGCACCGAUCCGAUGCUAUUUAAAAACCAACCUCUCGAUUGGACAGAUAGACUAUUCCUCACCGUUACCCCGCGAUCCCAUCAAAAUCUCCAAUAUUGGCCCGAAAACCUCAGGGACAUAUUGAAUGAAUAUGCGGAUAAGGUGGGCAAGAUCCAAGUCGAGCUUCUUAAAGCCAUGGCAAGGUCAUCAAACUUACCUGAGGAUCGAUUUCUAAAGCAAUAUGGCGAACAACCAUAUAUGGUUGCAAGAUUCAAUUUCUACCCUCCUUGCAAAAGGCCGGAUUUAGUUCUUGGGCUUAAGCCACAUUCGGAUGGGUCAGCAUUGACGUUUCUGCUGCAAGACGACGAGGUUAAAGGCCUACAGUUGCUCAAGGACGAUAACUGGUUCGAAAUUCCUACAAUGCCCCAUGCGUUGCUUGUCAAUGUCGGAGAUCAGCUCGAGAUAAUGAGCAAUGGAGAGUUUAAAAGCCCCGUGCACAAAGUGAUUAUAAACUCGGAAAGGGAAAGAAACACAUUGGCUUUGUUUUGCUCUCCGGAUGUUUCAAUGGAGAUUGGGCCGGUGGAGGAGUUAGUCGAUGGCGCGCGGCCUAGGUUGUUCAAGAAUAUACAAAAUUAUAUUCCAACCUAUUUCCACUACUUUCAGCAGGGGGAAAUGCCUAUUGACGCGAUGAGAAUUUAAUUCUAUGUUGUCAUUAUAGGUGUUGUAAGAGCUU